GGCAGGACACAUGCGCGCUGGCUGGGGCUCCCUGCCCGGGAUUGGGAGCACAUUUUGGGAGUAAAUUAUUUGUCUUCUGCCCCAGCUGAUGUGUGAGCCAGCAUGUCUCGGAGGAAGCAGGCGAAACCCCAGCAUUUCCAAUCGGACCCCGGUCUGGCCUUGCCUGGAAGUCAUGGUACACUGGAUUUGUUACAGAUGAGGAUCAACAGAGAAUCUCAAGAAAUGAAAUCUGAAGUAGAUGAAGUGAAAUUUCUCUUUAAAAAUGAAAGAGUCGGAGAGAGGGGUCAAACUCAUCGCACACCCAAGAACAAGGAUGCUCAUGUCUGUAGCAGAUGCUGUGCAGAGUUCUUUGAACUAUCAGAUUUGUUGCAACACAAGAAGAACUGCACUAAAAAUCAAUUGGUUCUAAUUGUGAAUGAAAAUCCACCACCACCUCCUGCUGAAACAACCUCUCCUAGUCCCCCCUCAGAUAAUCCUGACGAGCACAUGAAUGACACAGUUAAUAACGCAGAUCAAGCAGACUGUAGUGACCUUUCAGAGCAUGACAAGGCUGACAAAGAAGAAUCCAUGGAGGUGGAGAUUGGAGCUAGCAAUAGCAGCAGUGGUUCCAACAAAGUGGACAAUGGUGUUUCAAGCAGUAAUAAUUCCACAUUGGGUACCUCAGCUAUCACAACCUCACUACCUCAAGUAAGGGAUCUGACAACUUUGGGCAACUUUUCUAUGAUUAACAGCAAUGUCAUCAUUGAAAACCUUCAGAGUACUAGAGUGGCCGUGGCACAGUUCUCCCAAGAAGCUAAAUCUAAAGGGUCCAACAACAAUAAAAUUGCUGUACCUGCACUCAUGGAGCAGCUCCUGGCUUUACAGCAACAGCAGAUACACCAGUUGCACCUGAUUGAGCAAAUCCGAAACCAAAUAUUAUUGCUGGCUUCACAAAGUGCAGAGAUACCUACAUCUUCUAGUGGCUCACAAGGGACAUUGAGGGUAUCUGCCACUCCGCUAGCCACACUGAGUUCCCACUUGUCUCAACAGCUGGCUGCAGCAGCUGGCUUAGCACAAAGUCUUGCUAGUCAAUCAGCCAGCAUUAGUGGCAUAAAGCAACCACCCCCAGUACAGCUACCUCAGAGCAGCCCUGGAAACCCUAUUCCAUCCAACAGUACUUCUCCUCCAACUAUUAAUCAAAAGACGGUGGUAGCAGCAGCAAUUAAUUCACCCUCCUCAGACAGAGUACCUUCAAGCACUGGUGGCUCACAGGUCAGUAACCCACCAGCACCUGUAACAUCAUCACCAGCUUUUGCAAUAAGCAGUCUAUUAAGUCCUGCAUCUAACCCACUACUACCUCAGCCUUCCCCAAGUAACACCCUUUUCCCCAGCACAUUGCCCAACCUAGGAACAGCAGCAGAGGAUUUAAACUCUCUGAGGAAAAACAAGCCAGCCAAUGUGACUACUUUUGAAUCAAAGAGCACAUCAGAUGAGUCAUUCUUCAAACACAAGUGUAGGUUCUGUGCAAAGGUCUUUGGUAGUGACAGUGCCUUGCAGAUCCACCUUCGGUCUCAUACAGGUGAGAGACCUUUUAAAUGCAACAUUUGUGGAAACAGGUUUUCCACCAAAGGGAAUCUAAAAGUUCACUUUCAGCGCCACAAAGAGAAGUAUCCUCACAUUCAGAUGAACCCAUACCCUGUGCCGGAGCAUUUAGACAAUAUACCUACAAGUACGGGAAUUCCAUAUGGGAUGUCUAUACCACCAGAAAAGCCUGUAACAAACUGGUUGGACACGAAACCAGUUUUGCCUACACUUACAACAUCUGUGGGGAUGCCACUCCCACCAACCAUGCCCAACUUAACACCAUUUAUUAAGACUGAGGAACCCCAACCUCAACCAAUCAAUCAUCCAAUUGUGAGUCCAUUGGAUAACGUAAAAGGUGAUUUGCCAGCGCUAGAACCACUUCUAAAAAAAGACAUGCUUCCAGAAGAGACUGAGGCUAGUGAGUUACCCACCUCAGAUGAUAAAGGUGAAGACCAUUCUCAACAGUCAAAUUUUUUCCAAAAUUUCAACAGUUCCACCUGCUCCCCUGUAGAUGAUUCUGCUCCCACCACUACUGCAGCUUUUCCAAACCCAAUGCUUCCAUUCAUCUCAGAACAGUUCAAAGCCAAGUUCCCCUUUGGGGGGCUUUUGGAUGCAGCACCUACAUCUGAGACCUCUAAACUACAGCAACUUGUAGAAAACAUUGACAAAAAGUCUAGUGACCCAAACGAGUGUGUCAUUUGUCAUCGGGUACUCAGCUGCCAGAGUGCCCUAAAAAUGCAUUACAGGACACAUACUGGGGAAAGACCUUUUAAAUGCAAAAUAUGUGGGCGUGCUUUUACCACAAAAGGUAACCUAAAGACCCAUUACAGCGUACACCGUGCCAUGCCACCACUUAGGGUACAGCAUUCAUGCCCCAUUUGUCAAAAGAAAUUUACUAAUGCUGUUGUACUGCAGCAACAUAUCAGGAUGCAUAUGGGAGGACAAAUUCCUAACACCCCAGUUGCUGAAAGCUAUCCUGACUCUAUGGAAUCUGAUACUGGAUCCUUUGAUGAGAAAACUAUUGAUGAUCUGGACAACUUCUCAGAUGAAAACAUGGAAGACUGUCCUGAUAGCAGUGUCCCUGACACUCCUAAAUCUGCAGAUGCAUCUCGAGAUAGCCUGUCUUCCUCCCCGCUACCCCCUGAAAUCUCAAGUAUUGCAGCUUUGGAGAAUCAAAUGAAGAUGAUCAAUGCUGGACUGGUAGAGCAGCUCCAGGCUAGCCUGAAGUCGGCUGAAAAUGGUUCUGUUGAAGGUGAUGUUAUGACCAAUGACUCUUCAUCUCUAUGUGGAGAUAUAGAAAGCCAGAGUGCUGGAAGCCCUGCUGCCUCUGAGUCUACUUACUCCAUGAAUGCUCUGUCACCUAAUAGCACAAAUGACUUUCUAAAGUUUCCUAACAUAGAUGAAAAGCAGUCACGAACUUUACCACCUGAGCUCCACAACGGGAUGUCACCAACUCCUGCUAAUGGAGGUGCCCUUGAUUUGACAUCCACCAACACUGAUAAAAUGGUCAAGGAAGAACCUUUGGGUGUGCUCUUUCCAUUCAGAGAACGAAGUAAGUUUAAAAACACAAUAUGUGAUAUUUGUGGCAAAACAUUUGCAUGUCAGAGUGCCUUGGACAUUCAUUACAGAAGCCAUACCAAAGAGAGGCCAUUUAUUUGCACAAUCUGCAAUCGUGGCUUUUCCACUAAAGGUAACUUAAAACAGCAUAUGCUUACACACCAGAUGAGAGAUCUACCAUCACAACUGUUUGAGCCUAACACUAAUUUCACCACUAACACUAAUUUCACCACAAACACCAAUUUACCAUUAAAUACUGCUCCAACUCCACUGGCAACUAUCAUAAAAACUGAAUUUAAUGGUUUCAUGCAUGGCUUACCACAUGAUAAGGAACAGCCUUCAAGUAUUGCAUCUUCGGGAUCUCUCUCAUCUUCAGCUACAUCUCCUGUUCUCCUUCCAUCCUUGGCCAGACGGACUCCAAAGCAGCAUUAUUGCAAUGCGUGUGGCAAAUCGUUUUCCUCUUCCAGUGCUUUACAAAUCCAUGAGCGGACCCACACUGGUGAAAAACCAUUUGCCUGCACCAUUUGUGGAAGAGCAUUUACUACGAAAGGCAAUCUUAAGGUUCAUAUGGGGACUCACAUGUGGAAUAGUGCACCAGCAAGGAGAGGAAGAAGACUUUCUGUAGAUGGACCUAUGGCAUUUUUAGGAGGGAAUCCAGUAAAAUUUCCAGAAAUAUUCCAGAAAGAUUUGGUUGCCAGGGCAGGGAAUGGGGACCCAUCAAGUUUCUGGAGCCAGUAUGCUGCCGCUCUGUCAAAUGGCUUGGCCAUGAAGACCAAUGAAAUUUCUGUGAUUCAAAAUGGUGGAAUUACUCCAAUGACCGGAAGCUUGGGAAAUGGUGGAAGCUCACCCAUCAGCGGCCUGACAGGGAACCUAGAAAAACUGCAGAACGCUGAACCAAAUGCACCUCUAGCUGGUCUGGAGAAAUUGGCGAACAGUGAAAAUGGGACUUCCUUCAAAUUUAUGCGUUUCGUGGAGGACAGUAAAGAGAUUGCCACAAACUAGCAUAUACAUUCUCGAGGACAAAAUAUGCAGCCAGAGGUUGCUUGAUUUUAUUUUAUUUUUAGGACUGCAACAUUGAAACUUUUUUUUUUUUGUACCAUGUCCAACUUCUAGAGUUUUAAGUGAGUGUAUUUAUUAGUGAUUACUACAUACAAAUGCAAGCAUUAACUUUGGUCUUUGUAUUUGGAAUUAAAUACUAAUUGACUAGAGUGGUGAACAGGCUGUAACAUUUAUGGCAACUUGCAAGUCUUGAUUGAUCUUCUGGCAUUAACUUAUUUUUAUAUAUUCCAUUUUACAUGGUCUCUGUGUUAAUGCAUAAAGUAAUAUGGGAAAUUUACAUUACUUUAUGUCAAAUUGAAUGCACAGUUUUAAGGGAAGGUUAUGUCUUACUUACAUUUUUUGGGGGGAGUGAGGGUGGUGGGGAUCAAAAUGACUGACCGAUUUUAGGUCUCUAUCAUAUUUCCCUAAAUGGUUAAGGUGUGUGUUUUGUUUUAUUCCUGGCCCUUUUUUUAAAUUUUUUUUUUUAACUUAUGUUUUAACGUUUUGUGCAUUUAAAAAAAAAAAAAAUUUUUUUACACCGAUGCAUAUCGAUUUUAUGUACAUUGAUAAGCACUCUGAUUAUUUGAGAUGAUGCAAAAGUGUAAAUUUUUAAAUUACAGUCAAUUUUUUUUUCUUUUUUCUUUUUUUUUUUCUUCUUAGUUAAUUCCUUAUAGAACAUGUGCUGGAAUCUCACAAUUGCUGCUAAAUAUAGCAUCUGGAACAACCUUCCAUGGGAAAAAAAAUAAAAUGUAGAUGCUUGUGUAUAUGUACAUAUAUAAAUAUAUAAAUGAGAAAAUAUUCACUUUCAUCAAUGUAAAUAAGUUUUGUGAUCAUUUGUGUUCCCUAGUGGGCCUCCAAAAAAUUGCGCUUUUCAAUGCAUUAUAGUUCCAGCUUGCAGUGAAAGGGUUAAAAUGUCUUGUCUAUUCUCUAAUAGAAAAACAAAAUUAGUUGUGGCUCAUGACUUUUUGUAUUUGUGGGAAAUGGACACUUAUUGGCUUUCUUUUUGAAAGUUAGAUGUCCCGCUCCAAUAAUGUUAUACUGAUAACUAGAAAAAAUACUGUAAUUUUAAUCAAGUCUUCAAAUACAACAAUUUUCAGCCUAUGGUAUGUCUUUGGGGCCGUGCUUGUGAAC